AGAGAAUGUCGCCAAUUUACCUCAGUUGUAGACAUGGCAGCGCUGAGACAGGAGCAUCGGUAUGGGCUCUCCUGUGCAAAAAUCAACAAAAACGUUCAAAAUAAAACUCUGUAUCACGUCAAGCUAACUGAUACCGCCAUUCGAACGCUUGAAGCCUACCAAAAUCUUAAGGGAUCCUUACCAAAUCAGCCAGCAAUUUGCUUCAAGGGGAGCCAGGGGUACAUCAAGAUCCCCGCCCCGUCCCCAGAUGCCUCGGACGCACUACGGGUCUUCUCCUUCUACCUGUCCAGUGAUAGCAAGGACAAACCUCAGGCCAGCUUCGACUGCACACACCAGUAUGUCUCAAGGGAGGGCAGGGAGCACCUGGAGGGCCAGGGCAGUAUUCAGGACAAGAUCACUGUGUGUGCCACUGAUGACUCGUACCAGAUGACCCGGGAGCGCAUGUCUCAGGUGGAGAAGGACAUCAUGAGCAGGUCGGCCAUCGAGAUCAAGCCAGGCUCCACUCGUGGUAAAUGUGUGAAGAUCCAGAGGAAGCAGGGCCUGUCGUCAAGCAUGGACAGCAGCAGCAACAAGCACUCCCCCAGCAACAAGAGGAGCGGGGCCCCCAGCCCAGUGGCCCUCCGGCCCCUAAGAGACCGCAUCAUCCACGUCUUGGCCUUGAAGGCCUACAGGAAGCCUGAGCUGCUGCUGUGGCUGGAGAGGGAGAGGGCCAGUCCUAAGGACAAGGCUGAUCUGGGAGCAGUACUGGACGAUGUUGCUAAACUGAAUCCCAAAGACCACAGCUUUACUCUGAAGGAUGAGUUCUACAGUCAUGUCCAGAAGGAUUGGCCCGGUUACCUAGAGGAAGAGAAGCAGCUCAUCCAUAGGCUCCUGGCCAGGAAACUGCAGCCACUGAGCAGCAGUAGCCAGUUGAAGAGUUUCCAGUCAAACCAUUCAUUCCACAAAACCCCUGGGGAUUCUCCGUCACAACUCAGCCCGGUCAAAACUCCCUCUGUGAAACGCCCAUUUCCCUCUGAGCUAUCUGAUUGUCAGACCCCCAAGAAGCAAAGACUAUUAGACCACAGUUUACCCCUGCAGUCCCUUUCCAAUGGACACCUUGGUCCCAUUGGAGCCCGUAGCUCAUCUGGUCCAGGCAACACCAGUGUACAGACCAAAACAGAGUUUGAGAGAACCAACAAUCACAUCCAGGGAAGCCCUAAUGGUCUCUACACACGGCACAAACUGGAUGGUUCCUCCAGCAUUCCCAAGCUGGAGAGGACCGAGCCGGUCCCAGCAGUACCAAGCCCCAAGGCCCCACAAACAGAGCCCUCCAUCUGCACUGACCAGCAGCUAGCCAACGGCCAGCACAAAAAGAAGAAGUCCAAGAAGCACAAAGACAAGGAACGGGAGCACUUAAAACAAGACUGGAUAGAGAACAGUCCCGACCUGAAGCAGAACCAGGAACAUUUCAAUGACCAUGAGGGGGCUAAAACACCUGUCACUCGUACUUCACCGGAAGAGCUGCCUGACUAUUUCAUAAAGUACAACAUCAUCACAGCCUCAGAGCAACGGCAACAGUACAAGGAGGAUUUCUGUGCAGAGUAUGAUGAGUACAGGGCCCUGCAUCACCGGAUCGGUACAAUCACAGAGAUGUUUGUUCAGCUGAGCUCAAAGAUCAACACUCUCUCCCCCGGUACACAGGAAUACAAGCUCAUGGAGGACCAAAUCCUGCAGAAAUACAGAAAAUAUAAGAAAAAGUUUCCUGGUUACCGGGAAGAGAAGAAGCGAUGCGAGUAUCUGCAUCAGAAACUGUCUCACAUCAAAGGUCUGAUCCUGGACUAUGACCGUAUCCAGGCCCCUUCAUAGUGACUGGCCUGCACCCUGCUGCCACAGGGUGCUAUUUUAUCAACGGACCAAAAGACUGACCAGCCGAGCCUGGGUCUGGAGUGUUUAAUCACAUAUGAAUCACACAUUCACUUUAUUCCUCCAAGUGUUGAUGGAAGAGAGGAGAGAGGUUCUCUUAUAUGAAGUGGGCCAAGACCAGCGACUCGUGAUCAAAUGAAUCAUUUUUUGAGGACGAGUGUUGUUGUAAUGGCUGGCAAUUUAAGCCAAAUUCCUUUUUCUACCCAUAAUGUUAAUGUACGUGAACUCUCCUGCCCAAUGCUUUUAACGUUUGGUCUAUUGCCAUGACUACACAGAAAGACUUAGUUUGAUGGUACAAUCAUAAGGACAGAUGAGAAUAAAUGCUCUUCACACCCAGUCUUCUAUCCAUGCUAUAUUUAAGUACCCAGUACAAUUUGCGGUUUGUUGUUUCACUGAAUGUAUAGAUGUAAAAUAGUGAUAUAAGAUCUUGAUUUCUAUAGAGAGGGUUGUAAUCACUGGAUUAAGAUUAGGGGACGCUGGAAGAUAUGCAAUGUUAUGUGGAAAUAUCUCAGACCUCUAUGAACAAGAAGUGAACUGUUUGAGUUGAUAAUUUCUCUAUUUGUUAAAGUUGAUGAUACAGUACAUGUCAUUAAUCAGACAUGCCAGUCAAAUCGCCUCUGACCCACAUUUCACGUUCAGUCUGUAGUUCCUGUUUACAGUAAUUGAGCCAUUCUGCUUCAUCAAAUAUGGGCCAUGGGAUUGGAAACAACUGCCCCCUCAAUGCUGAAGAAAAUGUUUAUGAAUCUUGAUAUUUGUAUGAUAUAGUAAAAUGCCAUCUUAGUCAUACAGUAUACUCCCAUGUUUCUGUUUAAACCACUACAUUACUGAAAGAACACUAAUCUGAAUAAGAACUGCAAUCAAACGCCAAAGUAAUAUUUUUGGAUUGUUAUGGCAUUCUAUUACCUUCUUAUCCUUCUGGAUAAAUUAUUCUCAUUGUUUGAGCCAGUAUUCUCUGACCUUUUGAUGAUAGUAAUACAGUUCAUACAAUAUUAAUGAAUAUUUUAUUACCUUGAUCAAUAGUCCAAUACAUUUGUGAGACUGAGUGGAAUGCCAGAGCAUUUAACAGUACUUCCAAAAGCCAUUUUUAUAUUACAAAGCUUGUGCCUGUGUGAUGUAUUCUAUCAGCCCAGCAAGAAACAGGAUUGCUUCCGUGCAGUGAUGAAAUUCAAUAUUUUGAAGCUUUUGGUGUCUUUGGAUUUCAACCUGGUUUAGGUUCGAUAGAUCAGAGAUGAAUCAUAGUUCAAAGAUGAGAUUUGUGUGAACUUCUUCACUCUUGCUGUUGAAACUGCUCUGUAGGAAAAUGCUGUGGUAACCAUUGGUAACAUUGUAUUUCUUAAUGUUGCUGUAGCAGUCUACUAGAUUUCACCUCAGCAAGAUGGGACAGUUUAUUUUCAGUUUGAAUCAGUGAAUGUUCCAUUACAACAUUGGGCUACUGGGUGUGUUUGUCUACAGUAGAUGCAUUUACACAAACUGGACCACAUUAACUGAACCUCUCUGGGUGUACCUGUCGUCAUCACUUGGGAUUUCAUACAGUUCACUUUGAUUAUCUGUGGCUUGAAGACAUAUAUUUUUUCAAAUACAGUGACUACUCGUAAGCAGUAAUGAAAUCAACGUGAGUGUCUGUGUACACUAUCUUGCUACUUAAUUGCUGUCUUAAAUGUAAAGGGAAGAUAGUUCAUUUUGCCUUAACACACCAUUAACACAUUUUCAUGUCUCUGAUAUUGACUUUCUGAAACGUAAUGUAAUCUCUCUUUUUUUAAUCUGCUCAAUUUAAUAUAAUGUUUUAGGAUCAUGUAUUUUAGUUCACAUUUUUGGGGGUUGAAGGAAAUGCAUAAUUUAUGUUAAUAUAUAAUGCUUUCAAUACUGCGUCUUAUAUGUCUGCACGUCUUUUUACAUUGUUGAUCUAUUCCUCUACCAUGUGAGUUGGGGCUCGAUUCAAUCAGAUCUGCUUUAGCGAACAUCCGCAUAGCGUUUGUUUUGACGGUCUGUGAGUUGGGGCUCGAUUCAAUCAGAUCUGCUUUAGCGAACAUCCGCAUAGCGUUUGUUUUGACGGUCUGUGAGUUGGGGCUCGAUUCAAUCAGAUCUGCUUUAGCGAACAUCCGCAUAGCGUUUGUUUUGACGGUCUGUGAGUUGGGGCUCGAUUCAAUCAGAUCUGCUUUAGCGAACAUCCGCAUAGCGUUUGUUUUGACGGUCUGUGAGUUGGGGCUCGAUUCAAUCAGAUCUGCUUUAGCGAACAUCCGCAUAGCGUUUGUUUUGACGGUCUGUGAGUUGGGGCUCGAUUCAAUCAGAUCUGCUUUAGCGAACAUCCGCAUAUCGUUUGUUUUGACGGUCUAUGAGGUGGAGCUGUUAGAGCUGUCAAAUCCACAAGUGGCUCCCUGCAUUAUAGAUAAAGCCAACAUUGCAUUUGACUACACGGAGUCGCAUUAACAGAAAUCUCAUGCCGUCUUGUUUACACGAUGGAACAGUGUAACGUGUAAUGUAAUCUGCACCUUGAUUAUGAUGAUAGAAACCCUCAUUAUUUAGUUUAACGAUUUUUCAAGUUGAGCGUCAUUAUUCCUGUAUAACCUACACUUUCUCCUUCUGAACAUCUAACGCGAGUGGGGCGGUUGUGGCUUUGUGACAAUGGUUGCAAGAGCAGCCACAACAUCUGUCUGAGAGGGCCACAACAUCUGUCUGCUGUCACCGCUUAACGCUUGAUCCGAUUGAAUCUAGGCCUUAAUUAUUUUGUGUUUGUGAUAGGUUAAUUUCUGUUCGUUUCCCUCAUGAGUGCUCUGUGGAUAACUGUUUGAUAAUCAUGAAUGGAGUAUAGAAAAUGAAUUGUGACUAUGUUAAGGGCCUUUUUUUUCAUCCAUUACCAUUCUUCACCACUGUUUCAGAGCUCCGUAUAGAAACAUGUCUGAAAGGUCUCUCAGAAGUGCUUGACUGGGCUAGAUUCAUCCCUGACAUGUACACAUAGUGGAAGUUUUCUGUCACAGUUUGGGUUCUUUUUUUAUUGUUGAAUUCUAAAUGUAAUAAAUUAAAUAUAUGCUACUGACUGUGGUAUUCUGGAAAGCACAUGACCAGAUAUGAGACUAGUACAGACCACUGUCUCUGUGUGCAGUAUUGGACUGAGCCAUAUUCAUCUGAAUAAGUGCUAAUUGUGAUAUACGCAGGAGUUAGCGAGGUGCCUUCUAAUAGGAAAAUCUGAGUCACAUUGGCUUUAACAUAAUGUUAUCUUUCAUAAUUGAUUUGAUUGCAUGAUUCAGGUGAAACAAAAUAUAUGUACUCAAAUUAUUGGUCCCUAAAUUUUAUUUUUCAUGUGUAGGACUACAGCUUUGUGGCUAAAGGUCCUUGAAAACUGUUAAGACAUCCACAAUGUGCUCUUGAAAUGCAAAAUGCCAUUUAAUGUGCAUAUUGCUUACAAAUCAAACAACUCUAGAAUAUUUUUUUGUUUAUUGUCUCGCUGUUGCUGGUGCAUUUACUUUGUUGAUAUUGGUAAAUUAAAUGUCUCAAUAGAAAUGUGAAAUAAAAUCUCUUGUCUAGUAUAAAUCACUACAGAUUGUCGACUUUUGAGAACAAAUUUGUGUAACUAUUCUUUUUUUUUUGCUUCCUUCUUUGCCCAAUUUCCUCAAUCUAUUCAAGACAGACAAGAAGCCUCUACUUGACGAAAGGUAAAUGUAAUAUAUAUAUAUAUAUAUAUAUAUAUAUAUAUAUAUAUAUUUGCAAUUGUCUGUGAGGGAUGCUUUAUCACCAACUUUUCCUCUAGAAAAAUACUACAAAAUGUAUUAAUGUCUCUGAAAAAAAAAAUAAAGCUCUUUUCAUCAAUAA